CCAAAACAUCCUGCCUCGUAUUAGUCUCACUCGAAUUGCGCACUCGCUCGGUCCACGCAAUGAUCACGAUCGCUGUAGUUCUCAUAGUGCUCGUUGUGCUAUACUUUUAUAAUGUCAGAACAUUUGACUACUGGGAAAAACGAGGUGUUAAACAAGACAAACCAGUGCUACUCUUUGGCAACAACGCCGACAACUAUUUUAUGCGUAAAAGCGUUACCGAAAAAGCUGUCGAAAUGUAUUGGAAAUAUCCUAAUGAGAGAAUCGUCGGCUUCUUUAGAUCCACUAGGCCAGAGCUCGUAAUAAGGGAUCCAGAGAUUGUGAAGCGUUUGUUGGUUAGCGAUUUUUAUCACUUUUAUCCGCGCGGUCUUACCCCUAAUAGGAAAUAUAUUGAGCCAAUUAUGCGGAACCUGUUUUUUGCGGAUGGAGAUCUGUGGCGCUUGUUGAGGCAGCGCAUGACGCCGGCGUUCACGAGCGGCAAGCUGAAGGCGAUGUUCCCGUUGAUCGUGGAGCGAGCAGAGCGGCUGCAGGAGCGCGCACUCGCUACCGCCGCUGGUGCCCGCACCAUUGACGCCCGUGACCUCAUGGCUCGAUACACUACUGACUUCAUUGGCGCCUGCGGCUUUGGUAUCGAUGCUGACUCGCUCAACGAAGAAGAUUCGGCUUUUCGAAAACUAGGCGCUAGCAUCUUUAAAAUCGAUGCCAAGCGUUUUAUUAUUUCGAUGUUAAAACAAAUGAUGCCCAGACUGUUCUACCCUUUAAGACCAAUGGGUCAGAUAGAAAAAGACAUAAAAGGACUGGUAGGUGCAAUUUUAAAGGAAAGAAAAUAUGAACCAUCAAGCAGGCAUGACUUUAUCGAUCUUCUGAUAGAAAGUAAGAAUAAAGGGUUAAUGACAGGGGAAUCGAUAGAACAUAUGAAACCUGACGGUACCCCAGAGAUUGCUAGUCUAGAAAUGGAUGAAGAGUUGAUGGCUGCUCAAGUAUUUAUAUUCUUCGCUGCUGGCUUUGAGACGUCGUCUUCGGCUACAAGUUUUACUUUACACCAAUUGGCUUAUAACCCUGAUGUACAGAAAAAAGUACAAGAGGAAAUUGACAGGGUUCUUGCUGAGCACAAUAACAAGCUCAGUUACGAAGCUGUGAAAGAAAUGACUUAUCUAGAUUGGACAUUUAAAGAAGGCAUGAGGAUGUUUCCAUCGCUUGGAUUCCUAAUGAGGGAGUGUUCCCGUAAAUAUACUAUCCCUGAGACUGAUAUCACCAUAGACGAAGGAGUUCGCAUUCUAGUACCUAUACAGGCUAUGCAUAUGGACCCUCAGUACUUCGAUAAUCCUGAAGAGUUUCGGCCGGAGAGGUUUAGUCCAGAAGAGUUUAAUUCGGUGCAGAAGAGUAUCUAUUUGCCGUUUGGUGUCGGUCCUCGCGCAUGCAUCGGUGAGAGGCUGGGCUUGAUGCAGUCUUUGGCGGGGCUGGCGGCCAUCCUCUCCAAGUUUACUGUAUCACCGGCACCAGAGACCGUGCGGAGGCCUAAAGUGGAACCCAAGUCGGGCGUCGUGCAGAGUAUAAAAGGAGGCCUGCCUUUAAUGUUCAAGGAGAGAAAGUAAACCGAACAGGUCUGCAUAAAUCUAAGCUGUAAUACUCUAAGAUUACAGCUCAAAUUCAAACUAUUAGCAAUUCGUAAAGAAUAUGGUAAACUUGCGUUCAAAAAUCAACCCCGUUUCUCAAAAAUCGAUGACCAAUGUUUCCCCGCGUUUCAAAAUAACCCCAGUUCACCGGUAGGUACUCACGAGUUGUUAGUCAGUAAUUCUAGCUAAUCAUAAAUUAAUAGUUGUAGCUUUAAUUGUAUCGAUAAAUUAUGAUAAGACUUUAUUAGAUAUUAAUCGUAAGUACCUACAUGAGUGUUUUAAUGCAACUAUUCAUCUUUUUGCUGUGGAUGGUCAUCUUAAGAAAUACUAGCAAAAAUAACCUAGAUAUCCCAUUCAUUUAAAUUUUAACGAAUGCUUUAUCGUUGACAGACGGUUUGGUAUCAACCACCACUUUGUUAGCUAAAUAGAUUUUAUUAGUACUUAGGUCAUACUGAAUGUUCCUAUAAUUUCAUAAAUUGUAGUAGAUAGCUAUAAUUUUCAUUUAUAAUUAGUUUUCUUAACUGAUUCUGACAAUGCUUAAUUAAUGAAAACUAAAAUAUUACUUGCGUUCUUGGGACGACCGACUGGUAGCCGUCCAGUGGGUCGGCCCAGGUAUCGCUGGGAAGACAGUGUGGCGGCGGAUCUGCUUCAGCUUCGCGUCAGUAACUGGCAGGAAGUUGCGCAGGAUCGGGAAAGGUGGCACGCUCUCGUUUCGGAGGCCAAGAUUCUCUUUGGAUCGCUGAGCCAAAAUAGUUAGUUAGUUAGUUAGUUAGUUAAAAUAUUACUUUGCUAAUCCGCAUAAAAGAUAACGUGCUAGUACUAGUCAAUCAGUGCUAACCCGUACUUGCGUAUUUAAUUACACGAAAGUUUGGGUCCUCAAUUAAUUUAGAUGAUGUUUGUGGGGAAAUUCAUGUUUUCUGGCGUAUACGUAUGCAUGUAGGAUUUUAUUACUUUGAUACCUAAAGAUGUCUGAAUCUGCUGAUAUGUGACUUUUUGUAUCUUAUUUUUUGCGAUUUUGGGGAGUUACUGUUGAAAGACUUUCUUCUCGGUUAAUAUCCGUAAGAUCCAACUAAAUUGAUAAAUUGUACCAUAAACAGUUGCAUGAGAACCGACCUUUUGUGUUAGAUAGGUAAUAUUCGAAGCCCGGACCGGCUGUCGAUUAGCAUUAUGGAAACGCUCGACAUACAUUUUUCUAACUAACUGCUAGCAUUCCUAAAAUACUCAUUAAAAACACCUUACUUCAAUAAGUUGUUAAAAAGUUUUUUCAAACAAUAGGUAAAUCUUUCACAACGUCAUCUCUAAUAAGUGGCUCAUUUUAGGAACUUACAGUAUAGCCAUAUAAAACGGCAGCUCAUAACCUGCGCUUGCGCCACCUUUCGGUCAUAUCUGUCGUACCUAAUAGACGCGUUUUGUUAGAGAGUGAACCUUCAGUCUGUACCUAGUACUUACUAUUUUUUAUUCUGUCACGAAGAUAACAAACAAGCUUAUCUUCUCGCUGGCAGUUUCUGACUUGUUUGCCGUGAAAUUUAAUGAUACUUAUUUAAUAGUAUAAUUGUACUGUGAUAAUUAUGAUAAUGUUCAAUUCUAUUAUUAUUACAUCACAAGAGAAUCGAGAACAUUUCUGCAAAUUGUACAAACCUUCUUAGGUUUUAGGUUAAGAUUAUUACCUAUUUUAUUGUACUUAUUAUUGUUUUAAUUAUCGUCUUUAGAAAUAAAGUUAAUAGUUCAUGUAA